AUGGAGACCCUGCACAGCUUCUGGCAACUGGGUGACGAGCUUCGAGGACAAUCAAAAGUCUCAGAGGAUCAUAAGUGGUUAGUGGCUGCUUCUAAAUUGGCUGAGCAAACCCGGGCAAAGGGUGAACGCAUGAAUAACCUCGACCUUUCAAAGGGACUUCCAGAAAUGAGACCAAGGGAUAAGAUUGGGUUUCAAGAAGAAAAUAAAUUUGAAAGUUUCAAUUUCAACAUGAACUCGGACUCCAAGUUGACUGAAACUGUGAACAAAAGUUCCUUAAGGAACAGUGCUUACAACAUGAAUGCAGUGUACCAGAAAAACAACAUGAACAGCAUUGGAAAUCUGACUGGUAGCAAGUACAGUGGCAACAACCUUAUUAGCAAAGAGCCCAGUAAUCACAGCAAUAUUAAUAUCAACAACGAUAACAACAAUGCAGUUGACAAAAGGUUCAAGACAUUGCCUGCCACAGAGACGCUUCCAAGGAAUGAGGUGCUUGGAGGAUACAUCUUUGUCUGUAACAAUGACACCAUGCAGGAAGAUUUGAAGCGCCAGCUUUUUGGCUUACCACCAAGAUAUAGAGAUUCUGUCCGGGCAAUAACACCUGGCUUACCUCUCUUCCUCUAUAAUUACACCACUCACCAGCUUCAUGGAAUUUUUGAGGCAGCAAGUUUUGGGGGUUCUAACAUUGACCCAACUGCAUGGGAAGACAAGAAGUGUAAAGGAGAGUCAAGGUUUCCUGCUCAGGUGAGGAUCCGAAUUAGAAAACUCAGCAAGGCAUUGGAGGAGGAUGCUUUUAGGCCAGUUUUGCAUCACUAUGAUGGUCCCAAAUUUCGCCUUGAGCUCUCAGUUCCUGAGACUCUGGAUCUAUUAGACCUUUGUGAACAAGCAGGCUCUUCAGCUUAA